GAGCUGCUGUGGCCUUCCUGGAGGAGAGGGGCCUCCAGAUGGGUCUGAGCUGUCAGAAAGUGCAGGUGGCACCUGGCCGUGUAAUUGUUGUGCUGACCUGGCCGGGCACCAACCCUAAACUCUCCUCCGUCUUACUCAACUCCCACAUGGAUGUGGUGCCUGUCUUCGAGGAGCACUGGAGUCACCACCCUUUUGAGGCCUUCAAGGAUCCUGAGGGCUACAUCUAUGCCAGGGGCGCCCAGGACAUGAAGAGCGUCAGCAUCCAGUACCUGGAGGCUGUGCGGCGGCUGAAGGAGGAGGGCCACCGCUUUCCUAGAACCAUCCACAUGACCUUCGUGCCCGAUGAGGAAAUUGGAGGUUUUCAAGGCAUGAAGCUAUUCGUGCAGCGGCCCGAGUUCCAGGCCCUGAGAGUGGGCUUUGCCCUGGAUGAGGGCCUGGCCAACCCCACGGAUUCCUUCACUGUCUUCUAUAGUGAGCGGGCUAUCUGGUGGGUGCGGUUUACCAGCACCGGGAGACCAGGCCACGGCUCGCGCUUCAUUGAGGACACAGCCGCCGAGAAGCUGCACAAGGUUGUGAGCUCCGUGCUGGCGUUCCGGGAGGAGGAGAAGCGGAGGCUCCAGGCGAAGCCUCACCUGAAGGAGGGGGCUGUGACCUGCGUGAACCUGACGAAGAUCGAGGGGGGCGUGGCGCUCAACGUGGUACCCGCCACCAUGAGUGCCGUCUUUGACUUCCGCAUCGCGCCGGAUGUGGACCUGCAGGCUUUCGAGAAGCAGCUGCAAAGAUGGUGCCAGGCAGCUGGCGAUGGGGUCACCUUCGACUUUGCUCAGAAAUGGACGGAGCCCCGAGUGACCUCCACCGACGAUGCAGACCCCUGGUGGGCAGCUUUCAGUGGGAUCUGCAAGGACAUGAACCUCGCCCUGGAGCUGGAGAUCUUCCCUGCUGCCACCGACAGCCGCUAUCUCCGUGCGGCGGGGGUCCCGGCUCUGGGCUUCUCACCCAUGAACCGUACACCGGUGCUGCUGCACGACCAUGACGAGCGGCUGCAUGAGGCUGUGUUCCUCCGGGGCAUUGACAUAUACACACGCCUGCUGCCCGCCCUGGCUAGUGUGCCUGCCCUGCCCACUGACCACUGAGCCCCAGGCCCCUGGCCCCUGCCCUGGGGCUUCCACCCUGACCAGGGCAAGGACUUCCUCUUCCCCUGCCCAGUUAAUCUGUGCGGACGGAAGCUGCACUUGGAAGUUCUAAGUGCAGACACGCACAGAGGGGUCCUCACUUCUCUGCUGAUGUGCUGUCACCAUCCUUUUCACAGACGCUGUGACCCUGGCUCCGGGUCCUUGCCUACUGGCCCACAGUACCCUGUACCCCCUGCCAUGACAUAUGGUCCAGUAACGCUGAGCCACACCUGCCCGCCAAUGAGGAGCCUUAGUUCCCGUGCUCCAUGGCCGCCAAGCUGAAAUCUGACCUGUGCAGCUGGGGACUGUUCCCUUCCAAAGCCAGUACCAAGAUAAACACCUCAGGGUACUCCUAUUUUCUUGGAGGUAUACUUGGUACCCUAGGGCAGGACCAGAAUGGGGCCAGCUGGGCCCUGCCAUUAGUGGGACAGCUUAUAAGAUAGGAAUGCUUUGCUGUGGUUCAUGUGUUUUCUCAAAACCCGUGGGCUCUGGUGUGGGGAGCAGGGGCCCUGGUAGACCAGGUAUUUAUUCUGUUCCCAGCAGACAGGUCAGUGGUCAUGGAUCAGUAUGUGUGGAUGGGCCCAGGAGUUGGGCUUUAGUCUCCGUGUUUGCAGGAAUCCAGUUUGAUGACUACAGCCAGCCGUCUUGGUAGUAACCAUCCUUUUGCCUGCCAGGUGACCCUGCCAGUCCAAACCCUACAGGAUGAACCACCAUUGCCAAUAGUCUGCCUAACCAACAUUGGAUAUGUUUGUGUGGGGGAUGCUACGGAUGCAGCCUAGGGCAUUGCACGUGCUAGGCAAGAGUUCCGCCAGAGCUGCGUCCCCAGCCCGUAUUAGUCCUUCUUGAGAAGGUUGGUUUUAGGCUGUCCUGCUCAGCACAUAAGCACCUUCCUCCUGCCUCAGCAGGUGUGAGGACCCUCCUGUCUGUCUGCUACUGCCCAAGACAGGCCUCACAAUAAACUGUUCCUACAAUCCCA